AUGGGAUUAAACGAUAAAAACCGGGCAGUUCUAACUAAAUAUAGGGAUCGGAUUAUGAAGGAAAUAAACGUUAGGACCAUCUUGCCGGACUUAAUUGGAAUUAUUACCUAUGAUGAAUCAGAUAAACUAUAUUUGAUUCAACAGGAUAAAAGUCUAAACCUUCAGUUUAUAAGAAUUUUAGAGAAUCGAUCAGAUGAAAACUGGCUUGAAUUUUGCUAUCUAUUGCAACGAUCGGAAGCCACAGCAAUUCAAGAAUUAGGAAAACUAAUGGAAAAAGAAAGUUUUAGUGGAAAAGCUAGUAAGUCUUCAUUAUCAGACCCCAAUCCGGCAGGUGGUGGAAUUGUUUCUUUAUAUCCAGACGAUAAAACUAAUAUGAGACAUUUGGAAUUGCUCAUUAUAGGUUCUUCUAAAGGAAAGCAUUCAGGAGAUGAAGUGGAUGCGCCACUGAAUCCUAAUCAAAUGGCUCCUGAUCAACUUUUCCAGCCUCAAGUGCUGAUGAUUGUAAGCAGUAUAGGAACUGACUGGGCGAAAUUUGCCUUAGCUUUGGAUAUGGCCAUAGACACCGAUGUUAUUGCUAAAGAUCAUUCGUCUGAAUUUGAUAGAGCAUUUGCUGUCAUCAAACAAUUUUCUCAGAGACAUCCGACAAAAUUUACUGCAUCAGCUGUAGCACCAGUAUUAUUGGCGAUAGGGAGAAAAGAUAUCGUCGAAAAGCUUCAAUAUACUCAUACAUAG